AUGACAAUGACGCUUGAAGACAAGCAUCCAGGUAGUGGGAGCCUCGUUGAAGAGGGUCACCAAAACAUGGGUGAGAAGUAUCAAGCCAACGGGAAACCAGUGGCAAAUGGGAGAGGCGAGGUCUCUGUAAAGCAGGAGUCAAAUGGGAGGUGUGCCAUGCCCAGAGAAAGUCUUAACAUGUACAGCUGGCAGGAGAUCCAGAAACAUAAUCAGAAGACUGAUCAGUGGCUGGUGAUAAAUCGCAAGGUCUACAAUGUUACUGGCUGGGCCCACAAGCAUCCAGGGGGGAACCAAGUCCUCAACCACUAUGCUGGGGAAGACGCCACGGAUGUCUUCAGAGCCAUGCACGUGAACCUUGACAUUGUAAAAUUGUAUCUUAAGCCGCUGCUCAUUGGAGAACUUGCUCCGGAAGAGCCCAGCCAGGAGAAACACAAAAGUUCCCAGUUGGUGAAAGAUUUUCAAGAAUUGCGGAGGACAUUAGAGGCCAUGAACAUGUUCAGUGCCAACCCGGUGUUCUUCCUCCUUCACUUCGCCCAGGUCUUCAUUUUAGAAACCCUGGCUUGGCUAAUGGUGUGGUAUUUUGGCAGUGGCUGGCUUGUGACAAUAUUCAUUUCCUUGCUUCUCACAAUUUCCCAGGUUCAAAGUUCAUAUCUGCAGCAUGACUUGGGACACCUUUCCAUAUUUACUAAGUCCAAGUGGAACCACCUGAUGCAAAUAAUUAUGAUGAGUCAUUUCAAGGGCCUAUCAACAAAGUGGUGGAAUUACCGACACUCCCAACAUCACGUAAAAACAAACAUCUACCCCAAAGAUCCAGAUAUUGAUAUGGGCGCACUUUUCCUACUGGGAGAAUUGCAACCUGUCAAGUUUGGCAAGAUGAAAAUCAAAUACAUCAACUAUGAAAAACAGCACCUGUAUUUCUACAUAGUUGGGCUCCCCCUCCUCAUGCCUAUAUAUUUCAAUCUGGAAUCCAUCUACGUGAUGUUCUUCCAAAGUUAUUGGAUGGACGUUGCCUGGGUCAGCAGCUUUUACAUCCGCCAUUUUAUCACAUUUGGCCCUUUCUAUGGAAUCUUUGGAACCAUAUUGCUCAUAUAUUUCGUCAAGCUUAUUGAAAGUCCUUGGAUAACACUUGUUACCCAGAUGAGCCACAUACCAAUGAAAAUGAGCAAUGAGCAGAACUGGGACUGGGUCAGCACUCAGAUCUUUACCACCUGUAAUGUUGAACAGUCCCUUUUCAAUGACUGGUUCACUGGGCACCUGAACUUCCAGAUCGAGCACCAUCUGUUUCCCACAAUGCCACGCCAUAAUUUUCACAAGGUGCAACCCUUGGUGAGGUCCUUGUGUGCCCAGCAUGGACUGCAGUAUGUGAAAAAGCCCCUGUUGGAAGCAUUUGGAGAUAUUAUCAGGGCCUUGAAGAAAUCUGCAGCCCUCUGGAUGGAUGCUUACCACGAAACAUGAAGCAGAGCGUCAACCUCGACACACAUGUAGCUGCAUCUCUGAGGGGGAUUAGUAAAUGUGCAAGAGAGAUUUCC